AUGCCUGUAGAAAGUGCAGAGCCCCAGGUCUCCUCCUCCAUCUCCAGGACGGUUAGUGCUGCUCUCACACCCGGAGUGUUGGAGGAGGAUGGAGCUACAAGGGGCUUAGCAAUCUGCACUUUCCCUGAAAACAGUCAGGGCUGUGAGGCAGCUGCUGCCUAUCCUACUAACACCGGGCCUGGAGAUUGCAACAGUGCUGGCAAGAGGUCAGGAGCCUUGGUGCAAAUCAACCGGCAGCACAUCCAGUUAGCUUCUGCAAGUUCUGGAGCCGAUGAACUUCAAGGCCUUGGAGUGGCUGUGUAUGACCAGGAUGUCCUCGAGCAAGGCGUUCUGCAGCAAGUGGACCAGGCCAUCCAGGAGGCUUCUCAGGCUGCUGCUAAAGCAGAGGCUGAGAAGGAGUACCAGUCAGUGCUGGAUGAUGUCAGGUCUGUAACGUCAUCUAUAAAACAAAUCAACAAGAUUAUUGAGCAGCUGUCUCCCUAUGCAGCCGCCAGUAAGGACAUUGGUAGAAAGCUUGAAUCUGUCAAACGACAAAAGGAAAACAAGGAAAACCAACUAAAAAAAGUCAGAGCGAAACAGAAGCGAUUGCAGGCCAUUUUGGGAGGAGAGGAUGUUCAAAGAGUGGAAGCUGAACUGUUGGCUGAAGAUGAUGGAGAGGAAGAACCAGGACCGUCCACGCUGGGCAGCAUGCUCAUGCCAGCCCAGGAGACGGAAUGGGAGGAGCUGAUCCGGAAAGGCCACAUGACUCCUUUUGGAACUCGAGUACAACAGAAAGAGACAAAGAAGGAGCCUCGAAAACUGAUGCUGGCUGAGGACUCCGCCUUUGAUCAGUACUUGGCGGACCAGGCCAAGUUAGCCACUGAAAGAAAGAAAUUACCUCUUCUAAAGAAGAAGAAAAGCUCUGCACUGAACCCCAGUGAGAAGACAAAGGGAAGAAAGAACAAAACUGCCUCAUCCAAGGAUAGAAAACUAAAGAAGCGCAUGAAAAAGCUGCAAAUAACUGCUCUGAAGGCCCAUCCUAAGGCUCGACCCAAGACUGAGCCACAGCUCCAUAAACCAAGGAGGAGGCGACACACUGAGGGAGAGGAAACUGACAGCGAGGGCUCAGAGUACCUGCCCAGUGAUGAAGGGCUAGAUUUUGAGCAGGAGGAGAGAGAUGCCAUGGAAGAAGGUUUUGGAGAGGACGAUGAGGAAGAAUAUGAGCUAAAACCAUACAAGAAAAAAAACGAGGGGAGGAAGAAAGUAAAAAGAAAAGAGAGUGAGGACGAAUACUGUCCUGGUAGUUCAGGUGAAGAGGAAGAGGGGAGAAAAGCCAAAAAAUACAAAGACGAUGGAGAUGUGGAGUACUACAGGCAGCGAAUAAGGAGAUGGAAGCGGCAGCGACUUCGAGAACGAGAGGAGAAGAGAGAAAACGGUGAGGAGCUCACAGAUGACAGCGAUGCUGAGUUUGACGAAGGUUUCAAAGUUCCUGGUUUUCUCUGGAAAAAACUUUACAACUAUGAAAGCCGGGCUCGGGAACGGGCAUGGAGGAUAGGCCAAACGCAGCAGGUAACAAUCUAUAGACUGCUGACUGCAGGGACCAUUGAAGAGAAAAUCUAUCACAGGCAAAUCUUCAAACAGUUUCUCACCAAUCGUGUUCUGAAGGAUCCGAAACAAAGGCGGUUCUUCAAGUCUAAUGACGUCUAUGAGCUCUUCACUUUAGCUGAUCCCACUGGAGCUCAGGGAACGGAAACCAGUGCCAUAUUUGCAGGGACCGGCUCUGAUGUCAGUGUGCCCAAGAAACCUGAGAGGCCGAAGUCAUCACACUACAGCAGCUGCACAUAUAAAGAAACCUCAAGAAACCAGAAUAAAACUGGUGCAAACGGUGUCAACUCAAGAGAUGUUCCUCCUAUAAACAACUGCAGCACGUCUCCAUCCUGUGAAAGCACUCAGGGCAGAUCAGUGGACAGUCAGAGCAUCACUCACAACGGACUGGAUGUAAAGACAAACAUUUCUGUAAAUGGACUGCCCACAGGGCCAAAUAAUACCGGAGACUUCGAAGAAACUAAGCCACUGAGCAAAAACACGUCCUUGACCAUCUAUCACCAACACAGAGACACUGAAAAACGCAGGGAAAAGAGAAAACACUGUGACACCACUGAUGUGCACAAGCACAAAAAACGCAAGCGCUCCCGAGAUGCUCGAUUCGAAGGUCAUCGCAUUUCUCAUUUGGUGAAAAAAAGGACUUAUACGAAAGAGGAACGUGAAGAGAAUUCAUCAGAGGGACAGAAAAAGUCUGAUGAUUACGUCUUGGCAAGGCUCUUUAGGAAAUCUGGCAUCCACAGUGUGAUGCAACAUGACACCAUCAUGGAGUCUUCCAAUCCUGACUAUGUUCUUGUGGAAGCAGAAGCCAACAGGGUGGCUAAAGAUGCCCUGAAAGCUCUUAAGAUUUCUCGACAGCAGUGCAGGCUUCCCUAUAACCAACCUCCUCCUCCAGUGGCAAAGAAUCGUUUUGGGCAAAAGAAGAAUUCUCUCCUGUCGGCACCUUCUGCUCAGUCCACCCCAACUCCAACCAAAUGCAAGGAUGCUGCUAUUGUAAAGAAGUUUACCUCAAAGAAACCAGGAGCAGGGGCCCAUUUCAGUGGGGAAGGAGCAGGCGGCGACUUGAACUCCACUCCUUUGUCGUCAGCUUCUCUGCUGGCUAAGAUGAGAGCCCGUAAUCACAUCGCUAAUGCCUCCAGCCAGAGAGCAGAAGGAGAAGACGAAGAGGAGGAGGAAAGCUCUGAAGCUCCAAGAGCAAGCCAUCCUCCUCCUCCACCCACGGAACACGAUGAGCUGCUAGUAGAUCUGCGCAACUUCAUAGCCUUCCAGGCGAGCGUGGACGGGCAGGCUACCACGCAGGAAGUGCUCGAGUAUUUCAAACCAAGACUGACUCAGCAACAGGCACCUGUCUUCAGAGAGCUACUCAGGAGCAUCUGUGAUUUUCAUAGGACCUCUGGUCAGGAGGGGAUGUGGAAACUGAAGGAGCACUUUGCAUGACAGACGGAAGCGGACUUUUAAACUAUGAUACAAAUGUGAAAAUAUGUCAGUCUUUCCAAAACACAGCUGCAGUGUCUUUAUUGUACAUAUGUUUGUUUACUUCAUAUCCUGUUUUAUUUAAAGGUCAAGCAGACCUCGAACUGAAUUAUUUCAUAUCGUUCAGCAAUUCAAUUUUUAAAAUUAAAAUUUUAACUGUCACUCCAAGAGUUUUUACUAAGAAAACCAUAUAGUGCAAUAC